AUGUCAGACUCACGACCCGAGCUCCCCGAAGUCAGCAAACGAGCUGGGGGUGGAGAAGCACAAGGGGUCGCGUCGAACGUAGUGGUGGCCCGUAUCCUAGGCGGUCUCGCUGAAUUCGGCGCAGCCAUCACGGGGGCGAUAGACACUGCCGGGGUAGCCUCUCGCCCCACUGCCGCUCGUGUACUCAACGAUCUCGGGCCGAACCUCCAGAAAGUGGGCGCCGCGGUCGAAGGCGUCGUCCGUGACGCGGCCGCCGGAGCUCCCGCGCAGGUCUCCGCCAUCUCGAACGCCCUCGGAAAGCUCCCUCCCAGUGAACUAGGCCCUCUCUCUUCUGCUCUCAUCGCGAGCGCGAUGGGAGGCACCGCUGGCGGCAUCCUUCGCGACCUCAACUUCGGUCCAGCCGGCGUGAUCGCAGGCUCCUUGGGUGCUGCCGCACAAGCAGCAGCCGGAAAGAUACCAGCAGGGUCCCCACUCCUGGUCGCGAAGGCCCUCGCGACUAAUCCGGCGCUGCCCGUGCAGACCGGUGCUGCAGCAAUAGGAGCGGCUGCGUUUGGCGCUGGGUAUGCCGCGGUUAGGAACCUGGCUGAGCAGCAUGAAUGUUCGAAUUGCGGGGGAAGGUCGACGUCCAUCAGCCAGUCUAAGUUGUAG